ACAAGUGUUAUUAAACUGUCCUCUGACACUGUAAUCAUUGCUCACAAACGGAGCUUUAAACUCAAGUUAUAGGUAAAGAACCAUCAGAUCCAUCAGGUUUUAUCUGAAAAUGCACUGGCUAUAUGUGAAUAUCUUUUCAUCUAUUCUGCUUUUCUCAUAUGGAGAUGCACUCCCAGAACCUUGUGACAGUCAGAUCUACUGUACUGGACAAAUCCUCAAACAGAUACAGAUGGCUCGGCUCUUUGAUGAUGACAAGCACUUUGUAGAUAUGAAGUUGACAGCUCGUCCUGAGGUCGUUGUGGAAGCUUUUGAGAAUCUGACCUCUGGUUUCCCAAACAAGAUUGUCCCAUCUUCAGAACUACUAAAGUUCCUGAAUGUAUACUUUGAAGAGCCGGGAAAAGAGUUUGAGAUGUGGACUCCUCCGGACUGGCAUUCGAACCCAAAAUUCUUGUCCAAUAUUUCUGAUCCCAAAUAUCGUCGCUGGGCCGAAGAACUGCAUCGUUUGUGGAAGUCAUUAGGUCGAAAGAUCCGUGAUGAUGUCAGAGAACACCCCGAGCUGUACUCGCAGAUUUACACCCCACAUCCAGUUGUUGUGCCUGGAGGACGCUUCAGAGAACUUUACUACUGGGACUCGUAUUGGAUUAUAAAUGGUCUUCUCUUGUCAGAAAUGACUGAGACAGCUCGAGGAAUGAUUCUGAACUUCAUGUUCCUGGUGGAAAGGUACGGCUUUGUCCCCAACGGUGGCCGGAUUUAUUAUGAGAGGCGCAGUCAGCCUCCAUUUCUAUCCUUAAUGGUGGAAAGCUUCUUUGAGGUCACUGAAGAUCAAGACUUCCUUAGGAGGGUUUUGCCGGUGCUGGAGAAGGAGUACAGCUUCUGGAUGCAGAAUCGCUCUCAUGCUGUAGUGAAGAAUGGAGAGACACACAUUUUGACUAGAUAUGAUGUUCAGGUGGCAGGGCCCAGGCCUGAGUCCUACAGUGAUGAUGUUGAACUCGCAGAGGGUCUGUCAACAGAGGCUCAGCAGAAACUCUGGGUAGAACUAAAAGCAGGAGCGGAGUCAGGCUGGGAUUUCACUUCACGCUGGUACAUAGACAGUCUGAAUGCUAACAGUGGCACCCUGCGUGACACUCAGACCAGCUCCAUCCUGCCUGCUGACCUCAAUGCCAUCAUGUGCCGCAAUGAGCGACUGCUAGCCUCCUUCUAUAGGACCCUGGGUAAUGAGCAGAAGGCAGCAGAAUAUGAUCAGGCGCUUUCUGCCAGGAUUAAAGCGCUUGAAAGUUUACUGUGGGAUCCAGAGAGAAAAGCCUGGUUCGAUUUCAGCCUUGUGACCCAGUCCCCACACACAUCCUUCUACCCGUCCAACAUGGCACCUCUGUGGGCACGCUGUUACUCUAAACCUGAGAUGGGAGAACAGGCCAUGCAGUACCUUAAGGGAAGUGGUGGUCUGGAUUAUCCGAAUGGGGUCCCCACAUCUUUGAAGGCGAGUGGGCAGCAGUGGGACAUGCCUAAUGCUUGGCCUCCUCUUCAACACAUGAUAAUAGAAGGGCUCUCCGCACUCGACUCGGCCCACGCUAAAGAGCUCGCCUUUGAUUUGACCCAACGAUGGAUUCAGACCAACUGGCUGGCCUACGACAAAUAUGACGCCAUGUAUGAGAAGUACGAUGUCACCGGUGAUGGAAAGCCCGGAGGAGGUGGCGAAUAUGAAGUUCAGUUGGGAUUUGGAUGGACCAAUGGUGUUGCUCUUCAGCUGCUGAACCAGUAUGGUGAUAGGCUGAGCUCUGGAGGGCGUGUCCUGAGUCCGGGUGUUCUGAUUGGGCUUCUAGUUCCCACCUUGAAAACUCUGUUCUGAAAAGCUUGGCUUCUGUUCAGUUGUGUCAGAAGGCUAAAACCGCUGAAUCUAGGGUGACCAACCGUCUCUUUGCCUAUAUAUAUAUAUAUAUAUAUAUAUAUCUUAUAAUCUUAUAUAUAUAUAUAUAUAUAUAGUCUAAAUAAGGACCGUUAACGCAUAAGAUUCAUUUUUUGCAGAUUAUGGCAACAUCCAUUUAUUUUGUCAUCCAUUAUCUAGCGUUACAUAAUAUAAUCACACUCUUAUAUAAAGGAUUUUUACCAUUUAUGUGUGAUUUGAAACAAUUGCUCUUUUACACAAUUUCUAGCUGGGGGACGCGGCAAAAUGCAACGCGACAGCGGUCCUGUCUGGUGUACACAGUCUACGUCAGUGAUUCUCUGUCAGACAGCACAGCAACCGUAUUAAAUUCUCUUUCAUGCUUGAAUGAACAUAAACACACAAGAUUAUGUCAGAAAGCCUGUUUUGUCUUGCAUUUUCGUAAGCACAGUGUUUUGACGUGUUAAAUAAAAUCCUAAAUAAAUUCAAAGAGUUGUGAAAAUGUCAUUAAUGCUAAAUAAAAAAUUAAAUGCACUACAAAACAAGCUACAAAACCCUCUUUUUGUUGUUGUUCUUUGAUUAACAUUAAAGACUGUAAAGUGUUUGAUAAUAUAAUUCAAUUUUUUAAUAUCCUCCUGUUAGACAUGAGAGGUCCCAAUAAUGCUGAACUAAAAUGUUGAAAGGCCAUAAUUAAUCUUAAAAUAAAGAAAAAAUCUAUUUGAUGUAGA